ACUAUUUAUUCUACCCAUGAACACAAUAUAGGUCUGACUUGUAUAGUUUCAAUUAUUAUUUAUUCUACCCAUGAACACAAUAUAGGUCUGACUUGUAUAGUUUCAAUUAUUAUUUAUUCUACCCAUGAACACAAUAUAGGUCUGACUUGUAUAGUUUCAAUUAUUAUUUAUUCUACCCAUGAACACAAUAUAGGUCUGACUUGUUUCGUUUCAAUUACUAUUUAUUCUACCCAUGAACACAAUAUAGGUCUGACUUGUAUAGUUUCUAUUACUAUUCAUUCUACCCUUGAAUACAAUAUAGGUCUGACUUGUAUAGUUUCAAUUACUAUUUAUUCUACCCAUGAACACAAUAUAGGUCUGACUUGUUUCGUUUCUAUUACUAUUUAUUCUACCCAUGAACACAAUAUAGGUCUGACUUGUUUCGUUUAA